CUCUAACGAUGGCUGCUUAUGGGGAGAAUCUGAUUGUUUCAAAACCAUACUUAUUUGACCCUUCCUUGUACAUCAAGGCUCUCAAACUAUGCAGCUGCCAAAACUUCGAGAAACAGUUUGUGUUGAUCCAUGGGAACUCUGUGACAAAUGGGUUCGUCUCCAAUCUCCACUUGAACAACAGUUUGAUGAACUUGUACGCAAGACAAGGAGAUGUGAAACACGCACGUAAACUGUUCGAUAGAAUGCCUAAAAGAGAUGUUGGUUCUUGGACGGCUAUGAUCUCGGGAUAUUCUCAACGUGGAUACCACCGGCACGCGAUGCUGUUGUUCAAACAGAUGCGCCGAGAACCUCUUAGGGCUAAUGAUUUCACUUACGGGAGUGUUUUGAAGUCGUGCAAAGAUUUGGGAUGCCUGACAGAAGGUAUGCAGAUACAUGGUUGUGUGGAGAAGGGUAAAUUUGCAGGGAACUUAGUUGUGAGGAGUGCAUUGCUUUGUCUUUAUGCUAAGUGUGGGAAGAUGAAGGAUGUUCAUCUUCUGUUUGAAUCAAUGAAACAAAGGGAUUUGUUUUCUUGGAAUAUUAUGAUCAAUGGGUAUGCUGUCUCUGCCUGUGCAGAUACUUCCUUUAGUCUGUUUCAGUCGAUGCUUGCGGAAGGGAAGACGCCAGACUGCUUUACCUUUGAGAGCCUCUUCAGAGCUACUAUUCAAGUCAAGUGUCUUGAAACGGUUAGUGAACUACACGGAUUUGCGAUCAAGCUGGGUUUGGAGAGAUCACAUGAACUGAUUAGGUCUCUGAUUGAUGCAUAUGGGAAGUGUGGUAGCCUUGGCAAUGCUAGGAAACUGGUAGAGGGACCAAUGAGAAGAGACUUGAUCUCUUGCACUUCUCUAAUAACAGGUUUUGCACAGCGAAACAGCUUCACAAGUGAUGCUUUUGAUAUCUUCAAAGAGAUGAUACUGAUGAGAACUCAGAUGGACGAGGUUGUAGUAUCUUCAAUGCUUAAAAUAUGCACCACCAUCGCUUCAUCAUCCAUUGGAAGACAGAUCCACUGUUUCGCCUUAAAAUCCUCCCAAAUCAGAUUCGAUGUUGCGUUGUGUAACUCUCUGAUAGAUAUGUAUGCAAAGUCCGGGGAGAUUGAGGAUGCAGUCCUUGCUUUUGAAGAGAUGGAAGAGAAAGAUGUGACAUCAUGGACCUCUUUGAUUUCAGGAUAUGGAAGACAUGGGAAUGUAAAGAAAGCAAUUGAUCUUUUCAACAGAAUGGAGCAUGAAGGCAUCAUACCGAAUGACAUCACAUUUCUUGCUCUCCUCUCUGCUUGUAGCCAUACAGGAGAAACCGAACUUGGCUGGAAGGUUUUCAACACAAUGAUCAACAACAAGUAUGGUAUCAAAGUUCGAGAAGAGCACUUAUCUUGCAUCGUAGAUAUGCUUGCACGCGGUGGCAACUUAGAAGAGGCUUAUGAACUGAUAAGAAGUGAAAACGGCGUUACAAGACUUGGCUCAUCAGCAUGGGGAGCUUUUCUUGAUGCAUGCAGGCGUCAUGGGGACAUACAUCUCAGUGAAGUUGCAGCCGCGCAGCUUCUGAGUAUGGAACCGAAGAAACCAGUUAAUUAUAUUAAUUUGGCAAGUGUGUAUGCAGAUACUGGAGAUUGGGACAAUGCUUUGAAGACUAGAAAGCUUAUGAAAGACAGUGGUUCUUGCAAUAAAGCUCCUGGAUACAGCAUUGUGUAUUGAACAGAAAGACUAUAAAACAGAGAUCUCAAUAAAGGUUUUAAAGAAGUUAUUGACGC